UGUCUCCCCGGGGACGCGUCGGUGGUUUACUUUAAUGUGAAGCGAUGCGUGGCUCCCGCUCGCCACGCGCUCCCCUGCCCAGUGGCAUGGGCACGCGCUCGCGCUCGCGCUCCGACUCCUGAUUCCCGCGCUGCGAAAAAAAAAAAGAUGUCGACGACGGCGGGAGCGGAAGGAGGGCGCCGCGCGACGACGGAGAGGCGCCGCCGCUGCUGCCGCUCGCUGUGGACGGUGCUGCCGCACGUCAGCCUCAUCGCGUCGCUCGUGGUGUACGGCUGCUUCGGGGCCCUCGUGUUCUCGCACGUGGAGAACCAGGGCACGUUCAACAUCACGGACGGCGAGUACGGCGAAUUUCUGCUCCACCUGGUCGACGUGGUUCGCGUUCGGACAGAUAACUGCUCCGACGAGUGUUUGAUGAUGGUGGAUGCCCACAUCACGGCCAAAUUCAAAUCGAUAUGGCUUCAGCGUCCGCAGAGGUGGAACUUCUUCAGCUCCCUUUUCUUCUGCUGUACCGUGUUCACAACAGUGGGUUAUGGAGAAAUGUUCCCUGUCACUUUACCUGGGAAGUUGUUCUGUAUCGUUUAUGCCAUGGUUGGCAUUCCCCUAAUGCUCCUGGUGAUCACCGAUGUAGGUGACAUUCUAGCUAUCCUCCUGUCCAAGGCCUACAUCCGUCUACACAAGUUAUACAAGACUUCUGUGUCCUGCUGGUCGUUUAGAAGGGACAGGGGAAAACAGGUGGAGGAGGCCAUGGUCCAUGACAGGACCUACACUUUCAAGAAGGACGUCCUUAUCCGAAAGCCCAUGGACAUCAGCCAGGUACUGCACCAGCAGGCAUCUAUAAGGAGCAAGUCCAACCAGCUGCAAAACGCGACCAUAUUCAAUCACAUCAUUGCUCGGGAGAACCUCGGCCAGGGCCUGCUCCAACCCAGCCGCUCUUGUCCCGAACUCCACCAAAUGCCACUGAACAAGGACACCAGCCUUUGGAACUACCCUGAGAUUGGGGAGGAACUGGAUAAACUAGAUGUGCCCAUGACGGUCAUUUUGUUGGUGGUCUUUGCCUACAUUCUUUUAAUGGGGCUGAUACUACCCCUGUGGGAAGACAGCAUUACUCACUUUGACGCCUUCUAUUUCUGCUUCAUCACCCUCACCACCAUUGGCUUUGGAGACAUUGUGCCCCAGCACCCCAAGUUCUUCAUGCUCACCUCCCUGUUCAUCAUCAGUGGCAUGGCCAUCAUGUCCAUGGCCUUUAAGCUGAGCCAGUCACGCAUUGUCAGCGGCUACCGCAAAUGCAUGCACUGCAUCAGCGGGGGCAAGGUGAAAAAGUACAACGACUCCGAGCAUGAACAACUUGUGACCAUAACCAGUAAGCUCAAGUAACGUGACUAGUUCUACGUUACAUGAAAGGCCCACAGUUCCGAUUCCUGCAUGUUCUGCAAUGCUUUGUGUAAAUAUCGUAAUGAUCAAGGUUAGCUCUGGUUCUUAGAAGCUCAGCUAAUUCAGUUGUGCCAAAGAGGGCCCUAUAGUCAGGAUUAUUUCAGA